AUGUCAUUCCCUAGGCCAGAGGAGGAGAGGGCUGCUACAGGGAAGGUCUUCUACCAUCUUGCUUUUGAACCAUGGCUGAAUGGAGCUGCCCAUGUUGGACAUCCAUGGAUCGUACACCUUGCUCGUGUUGAAAAGGAGGGAAUUUCGACCUUUGAAGACCUGGAGACUCUGAUUCGCGAGAUCGAGAAAGCUGCCUCGGCGCAUCUGCCAGCAAAUGCUCAAGCCCAAGAGUCAGCAAGGCAACUCGAUGCUGUCCUUCUUGGUUUCUUUUACUCCGACCAUCUACAUCCACAGACUCUGAAGACGUUUCCUCCCGAGAUUCCCGUCAUAGCAACAGCACCUGGCGCUGCUAUCAUCGAGCCAUGGAAUCACUUCAAGACCAUCAAAAUCAUCAACAACUUCGAUUCAUCGGCGACAACUUGGAACUCACCGGACCUACAUCCAGGCGAACCUGUUCCGAGAUGGUUUACGCCACUGAUGAUACUCGGCAAAAGCGAACUGAACUUUGUCUUUGCUAUAAUCUGGUCCCAUACCGUCAACGGCGAAGAAGUCCACGAAGCAAUUCUAGACUCUCCUCACGGCGUGCAGCUCGACGCAAAACCCCUCGAAGCAUUCCUCGCGUCAGAGCCCAAGACAAAGAAACUCGCGAUGCUGCACGGUCUUAAAGAGAGUCAUACUGGCGGUAUCCAAACAUGUUAUGGCGCAAAGGGAGGCCUUGGACUGCACCGAAAGGUUGGAGGCGUAGAACAUUGGGUUUUGACACAUUCUUCCGAGCUGAAAUAUACGGGGAUAUUCAUGAGACUUGUUUGGACAACUGAUACACCGAGGACAAUUGAAUGGGCGUUGGAAAAGGAGAAGAAGGAGCAUCCUGAUGAAGAGUUGUCUGGACCACCGAAUUUCAUUAAGGUUGCGAAUGGUUCAUCGACAGUUUUGACGUGUUGA